AAGAAGAUUUCCAGGCCCCUCUGGGCCAUGAAGAGGCCUAAAUUUAGCCAACAGACAAGGGGCUGGCCUCGGGCCCAGGGGCAGUCGGGCCUUAUAAAGCACUGGCAGUCGUGGCCCCAGCACGCUUCCCUGGAGGUCUGCACCCACACGUUUCUCAGUUCAGCCCCUGCCUGGACAGGGUCCCUGCCGCCUGCGAAUGAGCCACCGGACCUCCUCUGCCUUCAGAGCGGAGAGAAGCUUUCACUCCUCCUCCUCCUCCUCUUCGGCUUCCCGGGCCCUCCCAGCUCAGGACCCGCCCAUGGAGAAGGCUUUGAGCAUGUUUUCAGAGGAUUUUGGCAGCUUCAUGCGGCCCCACUCUGAGCCCCUGGCCUUCCCAGCCCGACCUGGGGGACAAGGCAACAUCAAAACCCUCGGGGAUACCUACGAGUUUACAGUGGACAUGAGAGACUUUUCCCCUGAAGAUAUUAUUGUCACCACCUCCAACAACCACAUCGAGGUGCGGGCUGAGAAGCUGGCGGCUGACGGCACGGUCAUGAACACCUUUGCUCACAAGUGCCAACUGCCAGAUGAUGUGGACCCCACGUCGGUGACCUCGGCCCUUCGAGAGGAUGGCAGCCUCACCAUCCGGGCACGGCGCCACCCACCCACAGAACACGUCCAGCAGACCUUCAGGACGGAGAUAAAGAUCUGAGGGUCUCCCAACCCCUGCCCUCCCCCCAUCUCCUCAACUGGCCUGCUGGUGAGGUCAUCCUGACCCCUGACGAUGACCCCCAGAACAUCUCAGCCCAGGCCCGGUCACUCCACACACUCUUAGGCCCCAGGUGGGUCACCCCCCUAAAACUAGGGCCCUCCUCUCCACCCAUGGCAGACCCAAGACCCUCUUGUCCUCACCCAGAUAGGACCUCCCUGUCUUAGUUCACAAUGGAGGGGUUAAAGUAUGAACUUGGGGAGAAAGAUGGGGGCCCAGCAAAUGAUCAAUGGGCAGAGAGACAUCUCUGCAGGGCAGGGGACCAUGGACCCUCCUGGCAAGUGGAAUAUAGGAGUUGGUCACAAGCAGUGCUGCUGGCCCGGGUGGACUACCCCAGGCAAGCCAGAUAGCCAUGGCUGUCCACUCCCAGGGCUGCAACUUUCUAAGUCCCCAACCCAGGGCUGCCUGUCAGCUACUUGUGCUAGGCAAGGACACCUGUACCCAGGUGGGGUUUAUUAAAAUGGCAUGAGGCUCCUGUCUCCAGCUGCUGGUGCGCUAGGCCACACUGGGUCCCUAGGCUCCUGGGUGGCUCCCCCUGCAGAGAGGGUCCCCUUCGGAAGUGAGAGCAAGAGCUAACGUAUGAAUCUACCCACACAAACACCGCCAUUGUCCUGUCCCUUCAACACUCAUUCCCAUUGGUUGAAGCCCAAUUCAAAAAUGUUCUAGAAUCAGA